UCUGCAACCGGAAGCGACGCCGUCACAGUGCUACGUGUCGCCCGAUCCGGCGCCGCCACGCGACAGGGUCGGCAGCUCCGUCACAAACCCAGGUCUCGGUGUGUCCUGCCGCCCACACAGCCUCUUUGCCGUGCUUCGUGUGGCCUCCGCUCGCCCGGCUCCAUAAAUAGCCGGCGAGGCCCGUGGCAGUGUAUCGAUCACCGACCGGACGCAGCAAAGAACACUACAGUCUGCAAUAGCCAGCACACUAGACGGUUACCGAGCUUGAGGAGGAUGGAAGGGUACUUGUUGGGGAGGAUGAAGAGGAGGGACCACCUGCUGCUCAAUGACAGCACCGGUGCUCCGGCGACAGUUCAGUCGCCGCAGACGCCGAUGGAGCCCAUGGAGUUCCUGUCGCGGUCUUGGAGCGUGUCCGCGUCCGACAUAUCCAAGGUGCUUGCCGUCGGCGGCGUCGGCGUGGCCGGCAGGCGGAGCUCCAACUUCGUCGUCGAUCGCCUCUCCGGGAUGCUCAUGCCGGACACGAUCGCGCUCGCCGCCGCUUCCGGCACUAACCCGAGCCCCAAGAAGCGCACUAGCAGGAGCAGGAGCGCGAUCUGCGCGCACCACCACACCAUCGGCAGGUGGUUCCACCACAGGGACGGGAGCAGCAGGGUGGACAAGGCUCGUGCCGAGCGGGCGCGCGUCCAUGCCGCAGUCUCCGUGGCCAGCGUGGCCGCCGCUGUCGCUGCCCUCGCCGCGGGAACUGUGAGCCCGGAGGACCCAGAGGACGCCAAGAUGGACGCGGCGCUGGCAUCCGCCACGCAGCUCCUGGCCUCGCACUGCAUCGAGUUUGCCGAGCUCGCCGGCGCCGAUCACGACCAGGUGGCCUCCGCCGUUGAGGGCGCCGUCGAAGUUCGGAGCCCCGGCGAUCUCAUGACCCUCACCGCUGCAGCUGCCACAGCUCUGAGAGGAGCCACGGCGCUGAGGCAGAGAGAACAUCGAGAGGCGAGGAGCAAAGCGGCGGUGGCGCCCUACGACAGCUGCCGCGCGGACAUAUGGUGCAAGGAAGGGACGCUCCUCAAGCGCGGCCGGAAAGGCGCACUGCGCUGGAAGCGAGUCUCCGUGUACAUCAACAAGAGGUCGCAGGUGAUCGUGAAGCUCAAGAGCAAGCACGUAGGCGGCGCCUUCUCCAAGAAGAAGAGGAGCGUCGUGUACGGCGUCCACGACGACACGCCGGAUUCUGCUGCUGCGGCGGCGUCAGAGAAGCGCCACUUCGGGUUGAGGACGGCGCAGGGGCUGGUCGAGUUCGAGUGCGAGAGCAGGCUGCACAUGCAGGAGUGGGUGGAGUCGGUGAAGAACCUGCUCCGUCAGGCCGCCGGCGGGACUGCUCAGCUCGAGCACUCCUUCCAGUCGCUCAGGCUUAGCGCCUCGUAAGCAUGUUUCUAUGUUCUGUGCAGCUGUUCCUCGCAGCCAGUUUGUUUAGUGAGCGAGAUGUCCAAGUUGGAGAAUAAAUGUGCAGACCUGUAUGAGAACUUAGAGAACCAUGUAAAUGUAAGGUGCAACAAUCAAUGGGUAGAUAGACUUCAAUAGUAAGAUGUUAUUUUAUCUGU